UCGCAGCCUCAGAAAAUUAUUGACACCAGUAAACAAACUAAGUCUUUAUAUUAUACUUUAUUUUAACCAAGUUCGUUGUUUACUCAAAGCCAGUAUUUCCUUAGCGUUUCUCACAGGAUAUAUUGUGAUGACACCACGCCUUUAACAUUAUGAGUACGUCCAUUUACUCUUGUGACAUAUUACUCAAAGAAUACAUUACUAUUUAGAAUUAAAAACCGUAUUUGUCCAUUCAUGACUUUUAACGAAUGGAGGGUAUUUUUUCACAUAUAAAUUAUGACUUCCGUCAUGUUGAAGAGUACGAGUAUCAAUGGUCUUUAUGUUUGGCUGAAAAUUAUUCUGCAUUUAUUAGUUCUCCAAGGAUACUAUCAAUUCGUACCAGAGACUAGUCAAGAGGCCUCCCUCCACGUCUUCAAGACCUACAAUGAUGUUGCUACAUUUCAUUACACAGUUCCUAAAGAGGUGCAUCGUGCUACCUGGCAGUUUGCAGCUUUCAUGGAUGGUAGCCACUGCAUCCCCAGAGAGGUGAACAUAUACUUGCAAUGGGGAAGUUAUCCAAUAAUUUCUGCCGAUAAUGCCUCGUUCCCCCCUGCCAUGAAUCCAGAGAGAAAUGGCACAAUUGUUAUAAAAACAUGGACAACACACGAGGCUGAAACAACAGUAGUGUUGCCAGUAAAUGGUCCAGAGCCUGGGGAUUGGUUUGUAGGUGCUUACAUGACUUACUGGGAUGAGAAAGUACAGCAGCAAGGGCUGGGAUACAAAUGCCAUUACAGUAUUGGAUCGGUGGCUCUCUGGCAGCAGGUAAAUGGCAUCCAGAAUAUCCCCAUUACACAGGAAUCCAUCAUGAGAACAACCCAGCCCUCCACUUAUUACAAAAUUUUUAUUCCCUCGGGCACGUGGAGCUUCAACAUUACUAUCUGGGGAUGUAAAUUCUUAUUACGAUCUGGUAAUACACCUUCCAAUUUAUGUAUCAAGGAUUUAGUAGUUCAGGGACGUGUCCUACCUGUUCUCGAUCACACGAGGAUCUCGAUAAAACUUACUGCCAAUGAAACUUAUACUUUUGAAGAAGUCACACCUUUUGAGGAUACUUAUUAUUAUUUACUAGUGGCUUCUAAUAGUAUAGUAAGUUUCAAGAUCAAAGUUUCAAUCUUUGAAUGUCCAGUACAAAUUACUGAAAGUACCUUAACCCGUCGGUGGGUAUCAAUGCUCACUACAACUCAAAAGCUUGGUUCCCCAGAAUUUCACCAAAAUUCGGUGACAUUUGAAGGCUCAGAGAAUGUAUCAAGUGAUCAGUGUGCUCGGCGUUUUCAAUUGAUACGUGUUAAAGAGCUUCCAACAUUUUCUGGCGUUUACUUGCUACAAGGGAGAGAGUGGCUGACUCCAUGGAUCAUGCUGACAGACGCUAGUCCAGUCAUUGCUCAAUUUGAUAUUCUCCCAUUGAUUGAUAUCGGUGGAUCAUUAGGGAUUGGCGUUCACUUGGAAAUUGACAGAGCAUUUAUGAAUCAAACAGUAGUGAUGUCCGUCUGCAUCAGGAGGGGGCAGAUGCCAUUGAGAAGAAAAGGAGAGAUUGUUUGUGACGAUGACAGGAUGGCAAUGAGACUUAACACUAAUGGUAAACACGACGGGAAUUUGUUGAUACCGUAUCCACAGCCUGGCACGUGGUAUAUCGGUCUGGAAGCAAGAUGUUUCAAUAAUGGGAAGUUAUCAAAAUGUGCAAUAGGAGAGAUUUUAGUAUCUCUUGACAUCAGAACUCAUCGCUGUUCUUUCCCUGGUUCCCAUCCGUGUGGGCAUUAUGGUGUUUGCCAAGAGGUUCAUCGCAAUUUUAUCCAUUUCACGACAUGCAACUGCUUCGGUGGCUACAGAGGCUGGGGCUGCACAGACUCAACAAAUGUCUAUCAACAACCGACACAAGUACUAUCGUCUGUAAUGCUUAUUGUCAGUAAUUUGUCAUUCAUUCCUGCGAUUUAUUUAGCCGUGAAACGCAGACUCUAUGCCGAAGCUUUAGUUUAUUUAGCCACGAUGGUGUUCUCAGCACUCUAUCAUGCCUGUGAUCAGAAAUCCAUGACCUACUGCAUUGCAAAAUAUCAAGUUCUGCAGUUCAGUGAUUUUUUUAGCAGUAUUCUCGCAUUCUGGGUGACACUCAUCGCGAUGGCAGAGUUACCAGUGCAAUUUAUUUCCGUUUGCCAUAUGUUGGGGGUUUUUAUUAUUUCGUUUGGGGUUGAAGCCGAUAGAACAAGUUUAACUGGAAUUUUGGUGCCUUUCAUUUCUGGGGCUACGAUACCCAUUGGAGCCCAUUCAUAUCGAUGUUAUAAGACUAAAGUUUGGAGAAGACCUAAUGGAGUUGUUAAAUUAUCCAUUGGGCUGUUGUUGGCCACCAUUGGUCUCAUUUUAUUCUUAAUGAUUGAGACCGAAGCUAAUUAUCAAUAUAUUCACAGUUUAUGGCAUAUAAUUAUUGCCUUUUCAUUGGUAUUUUUGUUACCAGCACAAGCUAUCAAACCUGUUAAUUUUAAUGCAAAAGAGCCAAGUGAUUCUGAUAGGGGAUUAAUUAAUCCUACAGCAUCCGAAAGCCCGGUUUUUACUAUUCUCCCUAAACAAGUUGGUGUAUCCAUCGAGAAUUGAUUUAUUAUUAUUGUUAUU